AUGAGCUCCACCCCACCUGCCGGCCAGAAGCUAUCUCCGGUGCGUGCCGCGCUGCGAGCAAUCUCUCAGCGGACGCGCACCCCGCUCCCGUCCCUCAUACUCUCCUUCGGCAUCAUUCACGAAGUGACCGCGAUCUUCCCCCUCGCCGGCUUCUUCUUCACAGCGCGAGCUUUCGGCGUCGGCGAGACUGUCGUCCGCGCAAUCACUCUCCCGACGCCUUCCGACGAGCCUGGGGAGGAUGGCGGGAUUGCAACGCAGAUCCGGGACGGAGCGGUCGGCCAGAGGCUGCGGGAAUGGAUGGCGGAGGGCGAGACGCAUGUAGAGAAGGUCGGGCGGCGGCACGGCUGGUUUGGGUUCGAGAAGGGGAGCACGCCCUCCCCGCAAGCAGUGUCGAACACCGAGGCCGCGACGGUGUCGGGGAAGAUCGCAGGCGACGUCGCGAAUGCCGUGGUGGCUUACGCGUUGACGAAGGCCAUCUUUCCCGUCCGCGUUGGGCUUUCUCUCUAUCUUGCCCCAGGGUUCUCAAGGACCCUGGUACAACCAGUUGGGACGUUUGUAGCUAGGAUAUUCAAACGGUCUUCAUAG